AUGUGGUCAGAUUACAAAUGGAUGUGGUAUCUGAUGAUUGGAGGCGUUGUAUCUUUUAUUUUACUGGCCUAUUUCCAGGAAAUGUUUCAUGUGGUGUUUUGGAAAACGAGCUCUUCAUGUGGCGAUAAAAUCAAUGGUCAGCCAUUUUAUUUCGGCAGUACGGAUGUAGUUUGCAUGCGAAUGAUAAAACUCCGCCACAAGAGGUCGCUCGACUCAGCCUCUUUGCCAAACCGGAAGUUCUGGUCACUCAAUCAUAGAUGGAUUUACUAUGACGGCUGGUACUUUGAAUUAUUCUACAAACCCCACACCCGCCGUGCUGCAAAGUCAGAAAAUUGCCAAAUUCGACGAGAACCGUUUCCCGCGGGGUACACACUUUUGGACAUUGACUGUGUACGCAGAUGUGCCAUUUAUUACAAUGAACGGUUUGAGAAGCGUUACGAUCCCUUCGUACAGAAUUGUCAUCACUAUGCCAAUAAGCUCGCCGAGGUCCUGUGUAUCAGCAAAUCUUGCCCCGACCGGUGUCUCGAAGAUAAUCUCUCUAAUUCAACAACAGCUUCACUGUGAUGAAAAAAGUUAUUAAUAUCUUUCCCCUUAAAAAUAAACGCAAAAUAUAAUUUUCUAA